CGCAGUAGAAAACAUCACCGACCAUUUUACAAGAAGCCCCUUACGACAGUCCCAAUGUGUAUCCUCCACAUCACCCGUUUUGUCCUCUGCGGCUGUACCUACACCCAGCGGGGCCAAUUCUGUGCCGCUGUCCAGAAUCAGAUGGACCGUAUCUGGACAGAGUAUGAUGCACCAUAUGUACCAUUCACCGAUCCGUCUCCCAAUUGCACUCAGGCCCUAAUAAGACCAUUCAACGGUUUUUGCCCGAAGUGUUUUCAGUUCAUUUUGGAUCCACAAUGGUCUACGUGAUGGACAUGGAGAACCGAAGAGAAGAUUCGGGUUUGACAGAACGACAUAUUCAUGGGUUACAUGACAACAUGAUGGUUUUGAG